AUGAUAACCAUUGUAGACAAGGGGAGUAGGGUUAUACUACAGACAGAAAUAGCUGGUGAGACUUCCCAGUCAAAAUUUAAGAGGAUGUAUGUUAGGUUCAAUGCUCAGAAGGUAGGAUUUUUAGGUGGAUGCAGGCCAUUUAUAGGUUUAGAUGGUUGUCACAUAAAGCACAGAUUUGGUGGGCAAAUCUUAUCUGCCACUGCCGAGGAUGCAAAUAACAACAUUUUUCUAGUAGCCACGGUUGUUGUGGAACAAGAAACCAGGGAGACUUGGAUAUGGUUUUUGGAAAUUUUUGCUGAUGAUAUAGGGAGGCUAGAGGAGCUUCAGUUGAUCUUCAUUUCUGAUAGGCAAAAGGGGCUUAUACCUGCAAUAGAGACACUAUUCCCUACUGUGGAGCAUAGAUACUGUGUGAAACACAUCUACAACAAUUUCAAAGUUGAUCACAAGGGAUUGGAGCUGAAAGAUGCAUUGUGGAGGUGUGCUACUGCCACAACAGUAAGGGAGUUUGAGAGAUGCAUGCAGUACAUAAGAGAUUUGGAUGAAAAGGCAUAUGAGUAUCUUGCAAACAUUGUACCUGCACAGUGGACAAGGUCACACUUCACUCCUAGGGCCUUAACAGAUUGUUUGGUAAAUAAUUUGAGUGAGUCUUUUAAUGCAAUGAUAUUGAAGUCUAGGGACAAGCCUAUCUUGGCAAUGUUGGAGUGGAUUAGGGUUAGACUUAUGACUAGACUUAAAACAAAAAGGGAAGGGAUACAGAAGUAUGCUGGAAAGUUGUGUCCAAGCAUACAAGAUAGGUUGGAGAAAUUGAAGGUUGAAAGUAAGCUAUUUAGUGCUACCCCAACUAGCAGUUUCCUUUAUGAGGUAGGCAGUCAGUAUGAAAGGCAUGUAAUUGAUUUGGUGAAGAAAACAUGUAGCUGUAGGUCUUGGGAUUUAAAUGGCAUUCCCUACAAAUAUGCCAUAACAGCCAUUUAUACAAACAUUGAGACAACAAAAGACUAUACCCACCCAUGCUACUUCAAAGAAACUUACAUGGAGAUAUAA